CGCCCUCUUUCGGCUGUGGUUGACAACAAGCAACAUGUCUGACGGUAGCUCCGAUUGUGAAGGGGUUUAUACCGAAACCUGGGUCCCUUACAAGGACCGCCAGGAAUGGAAAGACAUACAGCCUGUCCCCCAGGACGACGGGCCACACCCAGUGGUCCAGAUCGCCUACUCGGAAAAAUUUCGGGAUGUGUACGACUACUUCCGUGCCAUCCUUGCUGCGGAGGAGAGAAGUGACCGGGCUCUGGAGCUGACGAAAGACGCGGCUGAACUCAACCCAGCAAACUACACUGUCUGGCACUACCGGAGAGUGAUCCUGAAGGGGCUCAACAAGGACCUGAAGGACGAGCUGAGAUAUGUGUCGGAGGUGAUCGAAGACAACCCCAAGAACUAUCAAGUCUGGCACCAUCGUCGGGUGUUGAUCGAGUGGUCCCGAGAUGCCGGUCAGGAACUUCACUUCACAGAGAAAAUACUGAGGGAAGAUGCCAAGAAUUACCACGCGUGGCAGCACAGGCAAUGGGUGAUCCAGGAGUUUGGCCUCUGGGACAAGGAACUGGACUAUGUGGACAAGCUGUUGAAGGACGACCUCCGCAACAACUCCGCCUGGAACCAGCGCUAUUUCGUCAUCAAGAACACCACUGGCUUCUCUGACACUGUCACAGAGAAGGAAGUCAGAUAUACUCAAGAUUUCAUCAAGAAAGCUCCAAACAACGAAAGUGCAUGGAACUAUAUGAAAGGGGUUCUGUUGGACCGGGAGUUGAGCAAGUACCCAGGUCUGAUGGAGUUCUGUACGGAGCUGUACGACAACCGGUACCGCUCACCCUACCUCAUCGCCUGCAUGGUGGACACGUACGAGGAGAUGCUGGAGUUGGGCUGUGAGGAGAAGGAGUCUGUCCUGCAGAAGGCCCUGGAGUUGUGUAAUUCCUUGGCCGAGGAGUAUGAUACAAUCCGACGUGAAUACUGGAGCUACGUGUCUCGCUCGUUAGCAUCAAAGUUUGGGACUGAAGUAGGGGGCAACUCCUAGUACAGAUUGUGAUUGGUCGGUAGUGACAGUGUACAUAUCCCUAGUAGAUCAUCCACAUCUCCUGCACUCCUAUAAGUGAUGUCUCUCGGCCAUACAGCAGAUGUCACUUGCCUCCUGCUGCACCUGUGCGUUUGAUUCCAAUACAAUACAGGAUUUCUACAUUUAGUUUUUCCAGUAGGGUGUGUUUCAAGUGGCAGUAGCUGCUUCUCAGAAGCAGGGUUGAUACUUGUGAUGUUGAAGUAAUUUGAAGCUGGUAUGUUGCAGGUGGAAUCCAUUGUUUCAUCGAAACAGGGUUGUUACUUGUGAUGUUAUAGCUGUUUAUGAGGUGGCUGUUACAAGUGACACCCAAUGCUUCAUCGAAGCAGGUUUGUUGCUUGUGAUGUAGAAGCAGUGUUGAGGCUGUUGUUACAAGUGGCACCCAAUGCUUCAUCGAAGCAGGUUUGUUGCUUGUGAUGUAGAAGCAGUGUUGAGGCUGUUGUUACUAGUGGCACCCAAUGCUUCAUCGAAGCAGGUUUGUUGCUUGUGAUGUAGAAACAGUGUUGAGGCUGUUGUUACAAGUGGCACCCAAUGCUUCAUCGAAGCAGGUUUGUUACUUGUGAUGUAGAAGCAGUGUUGAGGCUGUUGUUACAAGUGGCACCCAAUGCUUCAUCGAAGCAGGUUUGUUGCUUGUGAUGUUGAAGCAGGGUUGACGCUGCUGUUACAAGUGACACCCAUUGCUUCCUAGAAGCAGGCCUGUCUCUUGAGAUGUUAUGGUGGUUUGUUUGACGUAAUCAGAUGGAGAAUUAUAAACUGUUCAUAUCUCUAUCUCAUCUCUAUCUCACAAGACAUUAAACGUGUCUCGAAGGUUGCAUCUCAAAUUGAGGUCAGAACAAGGGUUUUGCUGUUUUACAGAUUCUCAUGGUAUUAACCGGGUAUCAUAUAAAAAUAAAUACACUUCUCAUGAUUUACUAAGGACCACUGUCUUGACUGAGGAUGUCUGUUGAUCCAAAGUAAAUGUUGGUUACUGUGUAUUAUAUCAUUGCCCUUGUCGACCAUGAACUGAAAAUGAUUUUUUACAAACAUUCAAGCAUGAAGAUAUGGAAAUUCUAUUUUUGUCAUGAAAAAGACGUUUAUGUAGGAAUUAUUUUAGUUUGUAUUACAAUUUUGAACAAAUUCAGGCAGAUUUGAUUGGCCUGGGUGGAAGAUUACAAAUUCAGGCAGAUUUGAUUGGCCUGGGAGGAAGAUAUUUUGGAGAAAUUCUGAAUACAGGUCCCUGUUCCCAUAAUUUCGAUAUUUUCUUCUUCUCCAAGUUAUUUAACCUGCGUACAUGUGGCACUAUUAUAAGACUAGCUGUAUCUGGAGACACGCAUUACCGCUGCUACAGGGUCCCAAUCCACUCAGCAACUGUAGUCCAAAGACAAUGACAGCACUGACUCACUGCUGUUGUGAGGCUAUGAACACUUUGUGGAUAUGGGCCCGGAACAGUGCUUUAGUGGUGUGUGCUGCAUUUGGAUGUAUUUGGAUUUUCUAUGGAAUUCUUUUUUAUUUUUCAGUAAUCCAUGAAUACCUGCUUUGUUGUUUAUAAUUAAAGGGGAAAAUAUAUGCACAUUUUACCUGAAGCACAUGUAAUCAGUGAAACUGUUAUACCAAUAAGCUUCACAGGUGUGCCAACAUUUAGUCAAAGGGACAUAACUCUAUCUACUCUUCAUUAUCUGCAGUAUGAAGGAUUUUACUGUAUUUGAUCAUGCAGGAAAUAUGAAGGAAACUUUUUGUGUUAGUGAAGUGAAUAUUACCUUAAGAAUUUUGGUAAGAUGCAAAACAUACUCCAUUAUCAUUCAGACCAAUUUUACAAGAGUUUGUAAAUAUUUACAGAAAACAAUCUCCAGAUCUUAUGUUCACAAUGAUUACAUUUGAUCCUCUAUGUUUGUUUUGUAACUUGACCAGCUGUUUCGUAUUGAACAAAUAGGACUUUUUGGUGUGAUAAUCUUCAAAGGUCUUUUUCUCAGCUUGCUUGGGAGUAUCUUUGGAUUGAAUUUGACAUUGCAGUUUAAAUCAGGAUUGUUCACUGAAAGUGAAGUGCAUAAAACGAAAUGAUCAAAUGGAGCAAACAGAUUUAUUUUCUAGUUUUUGAUUUUGAUUGUGUUGCAGAAGGAUUGACAUGAUUGGUGUGUGAAUGUCCCUGGGGGUAUGAUUGAUAACUGGUGGAUCCUUCGAUUGGGGGCAUUAAGACAUAAGUUAUUGACCGUAUGAAAGGAUGAAUGAUAGUUUUGACCAUGGUGACAGAAAAGGGUUACCAUGAACACAAUAAUGUUUACCUGGACAGGUGGACAGUGUUUUACUGAACUUUGUUUAAUUGGUGAAGUCUUAACAUUAUUCAGUUAUAUAAGAGUUUCCUGGUGAAUGAUUCCAGAAUUCCACGAUGCUUCCAAAUUUAUUAUGGUUUAUGUCAGCCCAGUUACAACAGUGCAUAUUGUAUAAAACACUCCAUUUCAGUGUUUCGUAAAGAAACUUCGGUGGCAAAUCAAGAAACACAAGAUAUUCAUACAGAAUCUGGAGAUCAGCUGGUGAAGUCUGAUGUUAAGACUCUUGAGAUAAGUCAAUCUCAAGUUUGUAAUUCUGUGCUUUCAUCCUUGUUCAGUAGAAGAUAAUAUGCCCGACGACUAUGCUUGUCGUGGAAGGCAGUGCUGUCAGGGUUGCUGACUUUAGUGAUAGUGAUUGUCAUACUGAAAUGACAUGGAUCAUUAUUCAUCAAUCACCGGAUUGUUCGGUCCAGAUUAUAUUAUAAAAAUGCCACUGGAAUGGCAGGCUGAAAUAUUGCUGAGUGCAAUAAGCAGCAGAUACGGAAACAGCUGACAGACUCGAACACAGGUGUUCUGUGCAUCUUUGAGGGAUCGGGCGGUCAGGCUCGCUGACUUGGUUGACACAUGUCAUAAGUUCCCAAUUGCGCGGAUCGAUGCUCAUGCUGUUGAUCACUGGAUUGUCUGGUCCAGACUCGAAUAUUUACAGACUGCCACAAUAUAGCUGGACUAUUGCUGAGUGUGGCGUAAAACUAAACUCACUCACUCACUCACUGCAUCUUCAGUUCCAUGUGUAAGCUUGGCUUUACACUGGCAGGUAAGGCUGGUUUCGUUAAGGGAACUAAAACAAGGAGAUUGCUAGUGGAGAUUGAUAACAUUAGAAGCUAUCAUUCAGCUUGCACUGACAUUAUGUCUAUAUGUUUCAUUGUAUCAAUGAUUUGACAACCAUGAUUAAGACAGUACAUAUGCUACUUUGUUAUAAAGAAAGGUUCCUUUUUACAUAUAUUUCUGAUAUAAAUUAAUGUUGAGAAUGUGUGUGAUUAUGCUUGUGGAGAAAGAAAUUUAUGUGGUCAAAUAUAUUGCUGUCUUAAAAGGAGUUAUAAAGUAAGUUAUAAAAAUUUAUAUAUAACAAAGAGAUAUUUUCUUGUGUAAAAAUAAUAAAUUAUUUAUGUCUUUAUUACACUUUUUCAAAUUUCUUUAGAACUGCUUACAUGGCUAAGCUUCUUGUAAAUUGCUCGUAAAAUUAAUGCUUGCUUGAAGCUCAACAGUAGAAGAACCAGUACAAGGAUACCGAUAUAUUUGCAGAAAAAUAAGUUAAUCAGCUCCUCAUUUGUGUGAUUGGUCUAAAUUUAAGUUAAUUAGCUCCUCAUUUGUGUUAUUGUCUGAUUUAAAUGAAGGGAGAAAGCACCUUGAUGUUCUGUCCAAAAUCUUCGGGUUUUGGAAAGAUGAGUAUAUGGACCUCAAAGAAGGUACUUAUGCAGCAUGUGAACUGAUGCAGGUGUUAACUUAUCUCUUUAGAGUGGGUAUAGAGGCAGGGGAAGCAUCUAUCAGUUUUAUAUAAAUCAUUUUUGUAAUGAGACUUUCAGUUUAAGAGUUGCACUUUCAACAAAACUAUCUUUAUAAAUACAGUUCUAUUUUUGCUUUGUAUAUAGAGAUUUGGAAACCAAUUUGCAUGUAUUUUUUGUUUUGUGCAUGAUUGUCAAAAUAAGCAUAAAAAACGAUUUUAAUGUUUUAAAAUUAACUGCCCAAGAUUCAGGAUUUGGACAAAUGAAGUGAGCAAGCAUGUUGAUGCGUGCCAUUUGUCAGAGAAUUGCUAUAUAAAAUGUAUAAUUGAGUUUAGCAAUUAUGAUAUUCUUGUUGCAAAUCUUUUCAUUUGAUGGUGUGUUUAAAAUUGAAAUGAAUGGAUCUCUUUGUUGUGUAUGGCAGCUACAGUGAAUCGGUCAGCAUGUCUGGAUGCUAUUAUUUUACAAAUGCUCAAGUACUUUCCAUGCCCUGUUCUGUAGAUAGUCUCCAAGCAAAUGGGGAAUUCAGUGCGGGGCUCUUACGUUCAGGGUUUGCAUAAUAAAUGUAAAUAUUCAGAUUUACAAUUUUAAAAAAAAAUUGAAUAUCCUUUGAACUGAAACGUGUGAGUUUUGUCAUUAGUAAUUUGUAAUCUUGCUUCUGGUUUUGACACUUUGAUACAGAUGCUUCCUGUUUUAGAUGGCCCUAUGGGUCGAGUGGCUGUUUCAGCCAUCUCUGUGUAGCAGGUUCUUUUCCUGCCUGAGUGGUUGGUGUGCUCCACAUGUCACCGCACAUCAGAUGAAAUAAACCUCAGUAUUAUCUGAAAA